AUGUCAAGUAAUAAUAAUAAUAAUAAUAAUGAUAAACCAAAGGCAAAGGAAGAUAAGUCCUUCAGAGAGAUACUAUCAUAUUGGGCUGUGAAGGAACCAACAAAGGGCAAGGACAAGGCUACCUCGCCUGUUGCCUCAAAGUCACCAUCUGUGACUUCAGUACAAUCUUCAGUCCCAGCACCCACAUCUGUUGCCACACAUGACCAAGCCUCGGCCUCAGUUGAACAGGUGUUGCCAUCACAACCUGUCAACAUUGAACAACCCGUCACAACACAUGCACAGGAACAGUCACAGACUGUACCAGAGCAACAACAACAACAUCAACAAGAACAAGAGCAACAACUUGUGAAUGACAUCUUGCAAAAGGUUGAGCAACUUGAUGGCUAUGCCAAUGUUCCCGCCAAUACCAAUGUACCUGCCAUUGCCAAUGCCUAUGACAAUGCCCAUGACAAUGAUCAGGAGGUCGUGGGAGAUGAGUCGGAGCAAGUGCCAACAUCCACGUCAAACAACAUACAGGACCAACCAAUUCAGUUGUCCGUGACCUCGGUCACAUCAUACUCUAACAGCAUCGGCAGUGCCACCCCCGCCGACUUGGUGUCGUCAGGUUGGGCUCAGGUAUCUCGCGUGUCCACCAACCCUUAUGUUCCAAUCACAAGGUCCGAUCGAACAGAGUCGGAUGAUGAUGAUGAGACAUCGAUCAGUAGCGACCGUGUGGUCGGCCAGUCUGACUCUGGCUCGGGCUACUCGUCGUCAUAUUCACAGUACGGUGGUAGCGCCAGUGGCGGCAACUCCAACGCAUAUGACAGCGAGGUUGACUCAUACCUCGCCUACUCCACUGGCUACAAGACACAGAAGCCCAAGCGCGACAUUAACAUCUUCCAGCACAACAUCCCCAAGGUGGACAUCACCCGCCCUGGCGCCCCCAACGAUGAGCCAGAGCUGGUCGCACCAGAGAAAGGCUGGAACGAGACGUUCCAACAACUUCUGGACCUGCCCGACUCUGAGGCCAAGUAUGAGACACUGUCCAACUUUGCCAACAACUUUGUGUACAGUGCCAACACAUUUGGAAAGAUAAUCAUCUCGGAGCGCAACGUACCCGAUGAGUUCAAGACCAUCAAGCCACUGGAGAUUGGUGGAGUGGCCGGUGGCCAGAAGUUCAAGUGCAAUGACAUUAUCUUCAAGUUCGUCGUGGACACUGAGAUUGCACCGGGCGUCUGGAUGUACGGUGACACCACACGCUCCGAUGAGAAGGCACAGAAGUCGGCCAGUCACGAACUCAAGGGACUCAAUCAUUUCAUGGACCAUUCCAAGGGCAUCAUUCGAUUCCCUCUCGUAUCGAUCAUUGACUAUGCUGGCUACCGUCUGCUCGCAGUCUCUUGUCUGCCCAUCACCAAGAGUUCGAUUGUGUAUGGAUCAAAUGAUGGAGGUCGCACAAUGCACAACUCGGAGCCCAUUGUCGAGGCAGAGAUGAUCAGAAUGGCUGGUCUACUCAACAUCAAAGGACAUUUCUCUGGUCUAACCACGCCAACCCUCAUCUAUGGACCAGGUGACAUUGAAGUCCACAAAGGAUCAGACAACAGAUUCUACAUGAUUGACUUUGCAAGGACAUUCCCACCAGAGUAUCCAAAAAAUUCUGAUGACUAUAUUGGACGUGAAAUAUUCUAUGCUCUGUUGCGUCCAGAGCUUGUCAAGCUAUCCAAGACCAAGUUGAGCUCUGACGCCCUCUCUGGCUGGCAGUCUGGCAAGGAUGAAGAGGAGUGUAACACUGAAGUGCACCAAGCUACUCAAAUCCUGCAUGAUGAGGCCAUCCCUGAAUGUGCAGAGCUCAUCUCCAAGUCAUCUGAGGAGGAUAAGAAGUUGGAGCGUGAACGCCAGACCAUGUUCUACUCAGACUUUAUCAGACCAGUUGGAACAAAGGAGACAGAGUUCUACAAUAAGAUCGUCAGACUGAUUAGACUUGUUAACUUGGUUCACGCCAGAGGCAUCAAUCUGAGAUACCUUGGACAUGUUUGUCAGAGGAUAACCGAUCACUCUCUCAAACAAUUGUUGAUGACAGAGUUGGUGGCACGCGUCUGGAAGAAGAUCAUCAAGGCUAUGAUCCGUGAGAAGAUUGAGAAGACCAACAGGCCAACCACUGAGCCACAACGCGUCAUCUCUGACAUCUUUGCACUGUUGCUUGACAAGAAGCACAAGUCCGACUACAAUGAGUUCUGGACCCUUAUCAAGUUUGGCACAUUCAAGUUCUCGGCCAUCAAUGCCUUCCCAGGAUGUCUCUCACCAGCUCAGAUGAGCUCAGAAUUCGACUUAAGACCAUCAUUCGAUUGCAAGUUGUUGGUGGCCAGACUGGUCCAGAUGCUUGGCAUCCAGAUCAAUUCGGAUGCAUUCUCACAGUUCAUCAACAACCCUCACUAUAUCAUCAACUUACAUGAUAUCGAGCGAAUGGACUCCACUGCCAAGUAUCCGGCAGUGAUUGACAUGGCCUCAGGUUCAAGUCUAAUCUACAAGAUUCAAAAGAUGAGCGGAAUCAUCCCGACUCCACCAGAAGUCAUCAGAUGGGUGGAUAUUGCCCUCAACAAACUUCGUUCUGCCUCUCGCUCCAUGCCCCAAUCACCCAAGAUCAUCUUGAAGCAGGCGUUGACCUACAUCACUUUGGCCAACAUGAACCUGGACGCAUCGAUGGCCUUCAAGUAUCUGACUUGUGCCAAUCACAUCGUCCGCGAGCUGUCGCUGAACGAACUUAGCACCGAUGACCGCUCACAAGUCCUCGCACUCUGGGGCAUCAUCCACGUAAAGAUGGCCUCGAUCGACCUCUUCCACAACUUUGACUUUGUCCAGUUCAACAAGGGCCUGGACACGGCACAAGAUAUGAUUGAGCGAUCACUGGCUAUCAACCCAAUUUACAUGGAUCUAUACCUCAAGCAGUGCAUCAACCUGGACCCACCUGUCAACUCGGACUGGGAGGUCUCAGAGGGCAUGAACAAGUCGAUCGUGCGUGAGCUCAUUUCGAUCAAGUACCUCAUCAGGAACAUCUCUGUCGAUGGCUAUCUCAGGACGUUCAUCUCACUGGCCAUUGAGGGCGUCAAGUACCUUAGCGGCCUGGAGGUCAUCGCAAACAUUGCUCAGGUCAUCGACGAUCAGACCAUGGAGGACCUGUUUGAUUCCCUCCCCAACCUGUUCACAAUCGAUCUGACCAAGGCCGCACUGUCGCCAUGGAGUUGCCACUUGAUCACAAAGAUGAAGUACCUCAGGAAGAUGACUCUGUGCGACUUCCACAUUAAGAAGCCCAAGUACAAGGCCGAGCAGCAGCCCGGCGAUAAGCCAGUCUCUGCGGACGAGGACCUGAUCCUCGAGGUUGACCAGUUCCUGCGUCGCCUGCUGAGCAACUGUACCAUGUUGUCUUGUCUAAAGGUGGACAUCAGAUGGCUGGAGGACAAGCAUCUCCAGGGCAUGGCUCAGUACAUGGGCAACCUGACCGAGUUGUACAUUAACUGCAAGGGUCUCACCGAUGCCAUCAUUAUUGAGAUUGCGCCAUACCUCAAGAAUGUCACCAAGCUGUCGUUGACUCAAAGCUACUCCAUCACGGACAAGGGUAUCAUCGCGGCCAUUGAGUCUUGUAACCCGCUCAGCGAGCUGUCUGUGAGCAUGAAGCUCACCGACGAGUGUGGCAAGGUCAUUGCCAACAAGGCCUGCAACCUGACCUCACUGAGCAUAUACAGUUGUCGCUUCAGUGCUCAGGUCAUCUCGGACAUCCUUCGCAACGCUCCAUUGAUCGAAACUUGUGACCUCACCAGCACAUCAGCCGACGACAGUUGUCUGGCCGCAUUGGCAUCGCAUGGUGCCAAGAACCUGAAGCGCCUCUACCUUGCCUGGACCAGCGCGAUUGCAAGCGACGAGCCCAGCCCCGACCUCGAGGAGUUCCUCAGCAAGUGCAACCUGUCCAACUUGAAGCUACUCCAGAUGUCCCAGUACAAGGGCGAGUACAACCUUCUCUGGCGUCUGCUUGGCAAGAUGCCAAACCUCGUUGAACUUGACCUUCCCAACAAGAUCCAUCUGCCCUCGUUCAUCGAUGCACAUACCGCGCUGAUGGACAAUGCCGAAUGCGUGCAAGAGGUGGCACUGGGCGAGAUCACCAAGCUCAGGAUGCUCAUGUCAAUCGUCUCACUGCAGUCACUGAUCGCCAUGCUUGAGCUGGCGCCACAGAUGGAGCGUCUGUCACUGUCGGCCAUGACCUUUAUCAAUGAGAAGAGCUACGUGAUUGAGUUGAACGACUCGGUCGUCGACGCAAUGUGUCCAUAUCUCCAACACAUCAAGGAGCUCGACCUGUCCAACCUGGCCAUUGACAAGAGACAAGUCAGUCGCUUCAUCAAGUCCUGUCCACAACUCGUGCGUCUCUGUCUAAACAACUGCAAGCAGAUCACCGCCCAAAUAGCCUACGAUCUUGGCUUUGAGUAUCCAAACGUCACAUUCGAGGCCAGAUAA